AUGGAACGAAGACGUCUUGUUCUCCUGCUCUCAACUGUGGCUUCUUUGCAAGUAAGUAACUCUGCAUCGUCUGGCAAUAUUCCAUCACGAUUUUGGUGCUUCUCAGAAGAAAUUGCUUUGCAGUGUGGUGUAACUGAACAGUGCAAGAAAGAGAGGCCUGCCCAGAAGAAUGCCGCCAUUGUGAACAUCGGGCUCUACUAUGAGAGCAUGUGCGGUGGAUGCCAAGAGUUUUUUACAACCCAGCUGUAUCCUACCUUUCAGAAACUGUCAUCAAUUAUGAACGUAACCCUUGUUCCUUAUGGCAAUACAGAGGAAACAAAAGUUGGCGAUCACUGGGAGUUCGAUUGCCAGCAUGGACCAGAUGAAUGUCUUGGUGAUAUCAUCGAAACUUGUACCAUUGCAAUAGUGAAGACCCUUGCGAAUUACAUUCCGUUUAUAAACUGUGUAGAGGGCUCGAAAGUUACACCUAAGGAGGCGGCCGAAAAGUGUGCUCCGCAGUUCUCGAUACCACUAGAUCAAGUUCUCAAUUGCACCACUUCCGACUAUGGCAACCAGUUGCAGCAUCAAAUGGCUGUGCUAACCGACUCGCUUGUUCCACAACAUAACUAUGUCCCCUGGAUCACAUUGAAUGGGCUUCACACAGAUGACAUUGAAGAGAAAGCAACAACAAAUCUGCUGAAGCUGGUGUGUGAUACAUACCCCGGCGAGAAACCCCCGGCAUGCAACAGUGGGUAG